AAAGUAAACAUGAAGACUAUAACAACCCCAGUACUGAAUAUUUAGCGCUGCAUUCGCGUUAUAGUUCUUUAUUUUAAAGACAUUUAAACGCUUCUUUUUUGUUGUUCUUUGUGGUUUAUUUUCAGCAUCGUUCCUGUUAUUUUCAUACGGGGCCUAACUGCGUCGUGCGCACGCGGGGGUGACUGUUUCUUCUUCUUCUGUUUUUUUUUUUUUUUUUUUGGUCAAGUUCCAGUUGUGAUUGUAGAACAACAGCGACCAGAAGACGGCUCUUUGUGCAGCCAUGGAGUUGCGGGAAAUGAAACCCAUUUUCAAUUCGUUAUUAAUCGUGUGUUUCGCUGUGUUUCUUCAGGCGCAGUUAAGCUGCGCAGGAGAUUGCCCAGCAGAUGGGCGUACCUGGGUCACAUUUGGAGCCAAAUGUUACCACUUUGUCCACGGAGAGGAAGAGACGAUCAAAAGCUACACUAUUGACAGCGCUAAAGCAAUCUGCACAGGCUUCAAGCUUUUGACCAUCCACAGUAAGGAGGAGAAUGAUUUUGUCAUUAAUUAUAGCCCACAAGUGUGGAAAGGCAGGGUCAACGUGUGGCUGGGAAUGGAUUACGACACAGACACUGAUGCCAUGAGGUGGUUCGAUGACAAGCCGGUAACCUUCACUAAUUGGGAGUACAGCCCGUAUCCGUCCGACCUCCCAAAGCUGGAGACUUGUGUGGCUCUGCACAGCACCUCUGGAAGAUGGGAGAACGUCAGCUGUGAGGAAGAGGAGAACGGAGUGGUCUGCGAAACUCCUCAGGAGGCAGAUCAACCAAAAAGGAAACCUAAUGCGCUGCUCUCCACCCUGGUCAUUCUCAGCGUGGUGGCUGUGGUGGGAGUCUCUGCUGGAAUUUGGUUUGUACACCAGAAGCAAAACUCAGGUUCCCCCAUCUUUACGGCGUUUGAGUACCACCCGCCGUUCCGAGUGCCAGACACGGACGAGUCUUGCCUCGUGGAAGCCGAGGAGACUGAUGACAUGCCCUAAGAUGACUUUUCUCUGCAUUUGACUACAGGGAUACACCGCAGGGCUCUCCUCACAGCAUGAACAUCUCACACAGAGACAAGCUCAUUCUUGUGUCAGCUGUGCAUUCAUUUUAAUCGUUGGGAUUGCUGCCAUAACCUGAGGUAAUUGGGAGAAAACUGACCAUAAGCUUACUAACUUCUUUAUUGAGGCACAUGUUUGUCUUUCUGCUGCUUUUCUGCUCUAAUGAUUUGAUGAAUAUAAAUAUUUGAGACUAACUUUAAAGUGCUGUGAAAAAACACAUUCUUUUAAUUAAAAAAAAUCUGCAUGUUUUAAACAUUCAAUCAGGAGGUUUUAAACAUUAUAUAGAGGUAUUGUGAAUAAAUAUAGAAUGAAUUAAAUGAUAGGUUCAUUUGAUAAGUCAAAAAUCCAUCCAGACGUGCUUGUUUUUUGCGAAAAAGUACAGGAAAACAUUGGACUCAAGGCCAAAAAGAAAGAAACGGAUCAAUAAUAGCACUGAUAGAUGUCUGACAAAAGCCCCUGCUGACCCAAAAAAGGCAAAACGUUUGCUUUAAUCAAAGCGUUUAAGCACAUUUUUUGUUAAUUUUUCGGUCAGCUUUUAGCUUUAUGAGUUGAAUAUAUACAGUUGCAAUACAAAGUAUCUGAACCCUUUGGGAGUGCAUACAUUUCUGUACAAAAUGGACACAUGAUGUUUGUGUAUUUUUUAUUUUAUUUUUUUUCAUCUCAAUCUAAAUCACAACGAUUGAGAAGAACACUGCCUGCUUAAAUCACACCAAUUUUUUUUUAUUGAACACAAUUGUGUGUCCAGUUGAUGCAUAAACUAAAUGAUUCCAAAGUAUUCACAUAUUUUCCCUGCAGCUGUAACUACUAGAGCUUCAGAGUAGUAACAUCAUACCAGUUAUUAGAGCACAGUGGUGGCGGUAGAACCAGGACGAUGGCUUAUGCUUUCUAAAAGUAAGUCAUAGGGAAGAACUUUUGUGGAUUAAAGCAAAAGUGCAUCUGAAUUAUGACUUAUGAAUUCUGAAUUAGUUAAAACUAAAAAAAGAGGGACAACGUGAAAGAACUGGUGUAGUCUGGGCCAGUAUUUGGCUUAAACGCAUGACUGGAAAUUCACCCUACAAUGUGGUCAGCUAAUGUUUUCUUAGCAAAACUUUUUACACAACUUAAAGAACAUAAAGAUUUCUUAUCAGUCUUGGCAAAACAUCUCUGUUGUUCCAAAAUGUAGAUCAACUAGUUUAGAUUUUUUGUUGCUUCUUUUUUACCAAACUAAUAACUUUUUAACUAAAAUCAGGAAAAGAACACCUAUUAGACAUUCAGAGGACACAUUUGAGGCAAUACACUAUGCACAACUUUAAACUACUUUAAUAUUAAUUAGUCUAAAAUAUUGAAGUGUGCUUUCUUUUUUGUUAUUUUAGUGGGCUUUAUCUAAAAGAUUAUUUUGUUCCAAGUUUCGGCUGCCAACAACAAGAUGAAUCCUGUUCAAAACCUGUAACUAUUCUAUGUGAAGGGUAACCAGCAUAUACUGUAUUUUCUUGGUUCUUAAAUUGACUUUUGGAACAUCCAGUGAAUGUGGAAUCCUACCAGCCUGCUUUGUUUGAAGGGGUCCUCCUAAGUUUCUGCUUGUGAAACCUCCGUCUGGCCAGUGUUAACACACAACUGCACUUUAUUACUAAUUAUAUUUAUAUCCAGAAAUAAAAGCUGAUUGUAAAUCUACCAAGGUGCCCCAUCUUGGAAUUAAUAAAAUACCACUAUUCCUAAUUGGAUGCAUAAGAUGCAGAUCUUUUUUAGCAUUAAUCAAAAUAAUACGUAUGCCAAAAUGCAUGGCAUAAAAUUAAAUCUGUUACUGUUUUUUUAGAUGUUUGUUAUAACAUUUAGAAAAAAUGCGAUUUUAUUUUUGGUAUUUGGGAAGAACUAACAGGACAGAAGAAUGUGUUGGAGCCACUGACUGUGCCUCGAGCAUACGGCCUUUUUCAAUGUUCUGGUUAAGAGGUGAAUUCUGUGAAAAUGUGGCCAAAUGUUUGUGUGCUUGAUGUUUCUGGGGGAAAAAUGUACCUACAUAUUUGUGGCUAUUGAAAAGAUCUACUUUGAUAUUAUGAUUAUGUUAACAUGUGGUGGGAACUUCAUAUACUUUCUCUUUUUAAGUAAAGUAUCAUCUUGCUGCCCUAAGUAAUUCAAUAUUACCAUUAUUGUCAAGUUGGUAAACAAAAUAUACUGUGGGUAAAAGAAGACAAUCAACAUUUUGCUUUUCCCAGCAUUUCAAAUGUUUAUUAAAAUUGAUAUUUGUUGUUUGGAA